CUCUCCUGCUGAACUCCCCUAUAUAAAACCCUCUUGGGGCCCUUGAAAGCCACCAACCAAAUAGAGCAGUGUCCAUUUCUUUCUCUUCUCCUCUCCUCUCCUCUCUUCUCCACAACCUUCAGGGAAGCAUGAGCCGGAGCAACGGGAACGGCGGCGGCGGCGGCGGGAGCACGAGGGGGGCGAGGUUGGAGCUGCAGCUGAACCUGUCGCCGCCGGCGGUGGGUAUGGAGGUGGACGGCAACGACGACAGCGACUCGUCGUCGCCGACGUCGUGCGUGUCGUCGGAUGGCCGCAGCUCCGCCGGCGGCAGCCCCGGGGACAAGUCGCCGAUGGUGAUCGGCGCCUGCACCCGUUGCCUCAUGUACUGCAUGGUCGCCAAGAAGGACUACCCGACCUGCAUCAACUGCAAGCAACCCUCCCUCGUCGACCUCCUCCAGAACCAGGACGCCGCCGCCGCCGACGCCGACGCCGACAAGAAGCGCGGCGGAAAGCGCAAGUGAAGACGCCGCCGCCGACGAGGCCACCAUUGCCGCCGGCCAUGUCCGUCCAGUGGAUGCUCACACGGAUGGUUACCUCAUCAGGAUCCAUGCAUGCGUGGACGAGUGACAGCCGUUGGAUCAUCCACUGGACGGUGCCGGAUUUCUUCAUCAUUAUUAUAGUAGUAGUAGCCUCUUUAAGUGUCUUUGGUUUCGUCAUAAAAAACCAAAAAAAUGGUUGUGUCACCUUAUGUUUUAUUGUUAUGGGUUGGUGUGGGUGUGUUUUAGUAGGGGGGAAUUAAUUACGUGGUGGUGGCUUAAUGGUUCUUGUAGCAGCAGUAAGUUGUAACUCCCCCUUUUUCAUUGAAGAAAUGCAAGAUAAGACUUUAGAUUAAGAA